CUUUUUUCUAAGUACACCGAGAGAACUAAAAGAUCACUUUCUUCUCAUUCCGCCGCCGAUAAUGGAUGCCGCCGGCGUUGCGUCCGACGUUGACGGCGUCGGCGUUCUGAAGACUCCACUACUUGAUUUAGAGCGUCCAAAUAUCCUCCACAAGAUAUCCGAGCAAGGCGGUUACGCAUACGUUAGGAUGUCGAUCGCCGCGGCCGCUGGCGAUUUCCGUGCCGCGGAGGCGGCUCGUGAAGUUGCGUGGGAACAGCUUCAUUCUGGUCCAUGGCAUUCUGUUCUUCCAAUCUGGAGAGACGCCUAUGCAAUGGCGUGUCUCAACGUUGCUAAAAUUCAUUACGCUGAGGAUGAGUUUAAGGAAGCUGUUAGAGUUCUAGACCUUGGAUUGAUCAUGGGAGGAAUGAGUCUCCGAAGUGAUCUGAAUGCGGCGAUCGAGACUUCGUGUGCAAGGGAAAGAGCUCUUAGGGUUUCGGAGAGGAAGAAUACAGAGAAUGAGAAAGAUCAGUGUCGUAUUGUUCGUGAUGAGGAAUAUGAUCAGACAGAGGUCUUUCGCAGUUUACCUUUGAAAUCUCUAUCAUGCAAGAUUAUAAGUAGAAGGUCCAGUUUAUCACUGGAUGAUUUCAUGAAAGACUAUUUCCUGUUAGGUUCUCCAGUUAUUAUCAGCGAUUGCAUGUCUCAUUGGCCUGCAAAGUCAAGGUGGAAUGAUCUGGAAUACUUGAAAAAAGUUGCUGGAUUUAGAACAGUUCCUGUUGAGGUUGGGAAGAACUAUUUAUGCUCAGAUUGGAAGCAAGAACUUAUAACUUUUUCCCAGUUUCUUGAGAGGAUUCAGACAAAUGAUUGCAGUUCUGGAGGACCAACCUAUUUAGCUCAGCAUCCCUUGUUUGAUCAGGUCCAGGACCUACGGAAAGACAUUUGUAUACCAGAUUAUUGUUUUGCUGGUGGUGGGGAGCUCAGGUCAAUUAAUUCUUGGUUCGGUCCGGCUAGAACAGUAACUCCUUUGCACCAUGAUCCCCACCAUAAUAUUCUCGCACAGGUUGUUGGGAAAAAGUAUAUAAGGCUAUACCCUUCAUCAGUUAACGAAGAUCUUUACCCUCAUUCUGAAUCAAUGCUUUGUAAUUCCAGUCAGGUUGAUCUAGACGACAUAGAUUUGGAAGCAUUUCCAAAGGUGCAGGAUCUGGAAUUUAUGGACUGCAUUUUAGAAGAAGGUGAAAUGCUUUAUAUUCCACCAAAAUGGUGGCAUUAUGUAAGAUCUCUCACUAUUAGUUUCUCAGUUAGCUUUUGGUGGAGCGAUUUCGAAUGAUGUUCAUCAUCCAUUCAUUGCCAAAUCGCUACUCAGUUAACUUUUGGUGGAGCGAUUUCGAAUGAUGUUCAUCGUUCAUUCAUUGCUGCUACACCCCCCUCUGGCUAAUGUUUGUUUGUCUCUCCUUUUUUUCUUUGGAGGGUUAUCUCACUAUUAGUAUUUCAUAAUUUCAUUUCAGCCUAAGAAAUUGAGUUCAUGAAAUAUUUAUAAUAAUUACUUAAUUUUAAU